UAUGUAUAUUUUAAUAUCGUUUAAAUUAAACUAUAAACCAUAUAAAAUUCAGAAAUAUUUUAAUUUCAAAAUUGCUUUGAACCAAAAAAAAUUAUGAUAAAAGCUUUGAACACAUAUUGACAACUUAAUAUUAUAUUUUAAACUUUGCAUUCAUUUUUUAAAAAAAAUUACUAAAACUAUUUAUCACAUAAUGAAAUUUUUGUUAUCAGUGAUUUAAAGUUUUUGUUAUACAAAUAUAAAAUGAUCAAAAUACCAUAUGAAUAUAAAUGAUCACUUAAUAUAUAUCAAUAUUAAAAAUACAUUAUAUAUACGUUAAUAUCAUUAAAAUUAAUUUAUAUACCAUAUAAAAUAGAAAAGGUGAUUGUUUGGAUUAGCGAAAUUUAUUUGUGUGUUCACACCAAUUUAAUUAUAUAUGUAAUAAUUGCUGAUUUCUUAAUUAUUUAAUAUAUAUAUAUAUAUAAAUAUAUAUAUAUAUAUAUAUAUAUAUUAUUUUUAUAAUAUGUAAAAACAUAUAAUACAUAAAUUAUAUAUAUAUGCGCGGGUCUUAACCAAGUACUUGUAUAUAAUACUUGUAAAUGAGUACUUAGAGUAAUUAAUUAAACACAUGUAUAUAUAGUGAACAUUGUACACACAUUAUCUUUAAUGAAGAUAUUUUCACUUUAUUCUCUAUGUUAACAAAUUCCAUUUUCUUUCGUCAAAUCCAAUGUUAUCCUCUUUUUUUUAGUGCAACAUCCAAUGUAAUCUAAUUUGUAUAAUAUGUGGCAAUAGGGAUUAAACAAAGAGAACUAGUGUGGUUUUGAAUAAAUUUUCUAAACUAUAAGCUUUUUGUAUGUUUGUUUGUGGAAGUCAAGAACAUAUUCUACAUACAAAGUCAAUCAUUAAUAUUGAUUAACUUCACUUCUGCAGAAUUAAGUGAUCACAACGUACAUAUAGAUCCAAUUAACUCCUUUCACAUAGCAACGAAAGAAUCUUCACCAAUACCAAGUCAAAGUCAAUGUUGUCUCUUAUCCUUAAUCCUUAUAUACAUCUUCCAACACAACUCAUUUUAUCAAUAAAAGCAUAGUCUUCCAUUGUUCUAUGUACAUACAUUCACCUCAGGAGCUAGUUCUUCUCUCCUUAAUAUUCUCAAGAAAAUGCCUAUUGGUGAGGUUAUUGUAGGGGCUGCUCUUGGAAUUACUCUGCAAGUGCUUCAUCAAGCUAUCAUAAAAGCAAAAGAUAGAUCUUCAACCACAAAAUGUAUCUUGGUCCGCCUCGAUGCUACAAUCUCCAGGAUCACUCCGUUGGUGGUUCAUGUCGAUAAGAUCAGUAAAAGAGUAGAAGAUUCUGAGAGGAAAGUCAUUGAAGAACUCAAGCGUCUUCUUGAAAAGGCUGUUUCUCUUGUUGAGGCUUAUGCAGAACUCAGACGCAGAAACCUACACAAGAAGCAUUGGUGCAAGAGUAGAAUCAAAGAGUUAGAAGCUUCAUUAAGAUGGAUGGUAGAUGUGGAUGUUCAAGUCAACCAAUGGCUAGAUAUCAAAGAACUCGUGACUAAGAUGUCUGAAAUGAACACAAAACUCGACAAGAUCACGAGCCAACCAACUGAUGGUAGUUGUUUCAAGAGCAAUGAUAGCAUAUCACCAGUGUUAUCACAAAGUAGUAGGAUCGAAGCAACAGACGGAUCUUCAGAGGAAGAUGAAGAAGAAAGCUCAAGUAAUGGAUCCGAACCAAGGAUCGAUAUCCACCUGCGAUGGAGUUCAAGAAAAGGAAGAAAAGAUCGUGAGAUCCGAUUCACGGCCAAGUGAUGGCUUAAGCAACAAGUAAAAUGAAUGCUCAUUUGUGAAAUAUGAUUAUCUUUUUUUUUUGUUGUUGUGGUUGUGUGGAAUGGAAAUGGAAUCAUGUACACAAAUAAAAAUGUAGUUUACCAAAACAAAUGUGUAGAAAUGUAGAAUUCUUUUUUUCUCAAAUCUAAAUGUCAAGUACAAAAUACCAAUAUAACGAAUUUUAUAAAUGAAGGAUGUGAGAGGAAUCUUAUUUAUAUAAUACACAUAUAUAUGUAUGUGAAUCAAAAAUUACAAGAUGGGAAAGGAGAUAAGAAAAAACCCCAAUGUGGUGUCUGAACAGUACGGACAAAACAGAGUUUGUCCUCAGCUCUCAAAGAGCAUAAUCUAUUUCUCCGCUACUAUCAACAUCAAUCUCAGAUUCAGCAAGAAACCAUAAAGGCUACGAACAUCUGGAAUCGUGGCCUCUGAGAUGAUUUGCAUUAUAUUGUCAAGGCUCUGCAUCGGCUGCUCUGGCUCUUGGAACUGACUACACAUUCAUUAUGUUAUCUGCCACAGUUGGAUCUCUCAUCAUUUGUCCAUACAGAACCCACAAAUGCUUUAUAGAACCGUAAGACUUACAGUUGCAGGAUCAGCCACAAGAAUCCUCGAUAUUAGAUGGCGACAUUCGGGUGAAAGGUUUAAGUCCUAAGGGAUUGUGUAAGUGACACUAAGGAUUCUCUGCGUUUAAGCAGUUUCGAGAAUAAUAAGUAAAAGAUGUUUUGAGAUAUCAAGAAAACUGUUUCUUAAGAAAACGUUACAUGUAUACGCAUCAACCAACAUUACAUAAAGGGUUACGCCACAUGAGAGCCCUAGCGACUUUAAAAUAUGAGAAUAUUUUAAGCUUUAUAGAUUACUUGGUCUUAUUCUCCACAUGAGGGCCCUAGUGGAGAGGAAACACCAACAUAAGCUUGUUUAGCACUAGACAAAGGAAUUGGUCUCACUGCCACAUACUUUGCCAUCAUAUUCCCGUCGAAGAAGAAUCCCUGGUGCAAUGUAUGCAGGAGUACCAACAGUUGACUUGGGUUGCGAAUGAAGAAUAGAAGACUGAAGAAAAAGAAAUGCAUAUUUGAGAUUUACGCAGAAACAAUUCAUUUCAAUAUUAAUAAGCAGGAAAUGUAGCGAUAAGAAGCAGCAGAAGGAACUGAAACACAUAUAAUAAACAAGGAACUGAGAGAACAAACCUAGAGAGAAAUAGUAGUACCUUGGAAUUUCCAAAAUCACAUAAUUUUAUACGAGGGGCAUGACUUCCAUCCAACAAUGUAUUUGUAGAAAUAUGCGGAAGUAAUAAGAAAAUAGAAAAAGUAUGUAUAUUCUUAGAAUGAUUUGUACAAAAGAUACAAGAUAUAUAUAGAGCAAUAAACUAGCUUGUUAAUUUUUUUUUUUUUUUGCAUAAAGGAGAAAGAAGGAGUAUUCAUAUUUUCGUCCAUAAAGUCAAACAUACACUAAAAAGUUAGUUUAAUUUAUGACAUUCAUUUAUGUUGAAAAAUGGUCAGAAACACGCUGUUUUGACCACAUUUUAAGCAAAUAAAAUCGUCAGAAAAAUUCAGAAAUAUCGUCAAUUUUUUUUUGACCAUAUUGAAAGGUCAGAAAUGUCGUCAAAAAACAAACGUCAGAGAAUUAUCAAAAAUAAUUAUCCAUUUUUGAUGAAUCUGCAACCACUAUUUUAUGUUAAUUUCUGAAUAUUAUUUAGUAAUAUAUCAGAUUAUUAAUUUAAAUAAAUAGUAAUGAUAAUAAUAACAUAAAAUUGAAAUAUAUAAUGAAAUCUGAAUAAAUCUGAAUUAAAUGUUAUUUGAAACAAAACAAUUGAAGUUUAACAACAUAGGAAUACAUUCAUUAAAAAAACUAAAAGCGAAAUAGAGCUCAUUCAUCAUGUCCGCCUUGCCAUUACUUAAUUCAUUUGUUCUUCUUAGUCUUGUCUUUCUUCAUGCUCUCAACGGAUAUGUCCUAGUUGUGUGUUUGACAACAAAUGAUAAGAUAAAUGAAAAUCAUAUUAGAAAGUCACACUUAAAAAUAUCAUGCUCGAACCACUCCAAAUAAAAAUCUAAAUCAAUACAAGUGAGGUUAGAAUAUUGAUCAAGUUUGGAUCUGUUUGACCCAAAAAGGGUGUGUUUUUGGAUUCAUACAAUAAAUAAUCUAAAGAAUUAGAUUCAUGAAGUUUAGGAGAAAUUAUCAAUGAAAUCAAGUGAGAGAAAGAACAUCCAAGUUAUUUUAUUGAUCAAAAAUUAAAUUACAAAUGAUUUGAAUAGUAAAGUAAAUUCAAAAAUCUAUAAAAUUCUUAUAGGAUGUGUUCUAGGUCUAAGAAUAGAAAGAAGAUCCUUUCAUAAGGAUAAGUGUCUCCUUAUUUAUACAAAGAAGAGUCUAUGGGAAAGAUAGAAACUAGACCAGAUAAAAUUGUAGCUGAGUUAGCUUUCUCUAUCCGAAGGUUCAGUCUCUCGAAAGUGAAAUCUCAUAAGAGAAGAAAGGUCCACGGAAUGUUGGGAAGGCGUUGUUCAAUGAGCCUAGUUGAAGGGAAAAGUCCACCCCCAACAGUAAGCCCUCCAAGUUCGUAGAGAAAGAUAAGAUUGGUCUCU